GCAUGCUGUGAUUUUCCAAUAAACUGCUAUCACAAUGUCAAAAUGCAGUUCAGACAACAGCAACACAGAGAUCUCAAACAUUAACACGUCAGCUGUGCUAGAGCAGAAUGCAAUGAAAGAAACACUGGAUGAAUGAAAAGCCCUGCUUUGCAACCCCUCAGCAUGGCAGGCCUGCAGCUCAUGACCCCUGCUUCCUCACCAAUGGGUCCUUUCUUUGGACUGCCAUGGCAACAAGAAGCAAUUCAUGAUAACAUUUAUACGCCAAGAAAAUAUCAGGUUGAACUGCUCGAAGCAGCUCUGGAUCGUAAUACCAUAGUCUGUUUGAACACUGGCUCAGGGAAGACGUUUAUUGCAGUACUACUCACUAAAGAGCUGUCCUAUCAGAUCAGGGGAGACUUCAACAGACAUGGGAAAAGGACGGUGUUCUUGGUCAACUCGGCAAACCAGGUUGCUCAGCAAGUGUCAGCUGUCAGAACUCAUUCAGAUCUCAAGGUUGGGGAGUACUCAGACCUAGAAGUAAAUGCAUCUUGGACAAAAGAGAAAUGGAACCAAGAGUUUACUAAGCACCAGGUUCUCAUUAUGACUUGCUAUGUCGCCUUGAUUGUUUUGAAAAAUGGCUACUUGUCACUGUCAGACAUUAACCUUUUGGUGUUUGAUGAGUGUCAUCUUGCAAUCCUAGACCACCCCUACCGAGAAAUUAUGAAGCUCUGUGAAAGUUGUCCAUCAUGCCCUCGUAUCUUGGGACUAACUGCUUCCAUUUUAAAUGGGAAAUGUGAUCCAGAGGAAUUAGAAGAAAAGAUUCAGAAACUGGAGAAAAUUCUUAAGAGUAAUGCUGAAACUGCAACUGACUUGGUGGUCUUAGACAGAUACACUACUCAGCCAUAUGAGAUUGUGGUAGACUGCGGACCAUUUAUGGACAGAAGUGGGCUUUAUGAACGACUGCUGAUGGAGUUAGAAGAAGCACUUAAUUUUGUCAAUGACUGUAACAUAUCUGUACAUUCAAAAGAACGAGAUUCGACUUUAAUUUCUAAACAGAUACUGUCAGACUGUCGUGCGGUAUUGGUAGUUCUGGGACCCUGGUGUGCAGAUAAAGUAGCUGGAAUGAUGGUAAGAGAACUGCAGAAAUACAUCAAACACGAACAAGAGGAGCUGCACAGGAAGUUUCUAUUGUUUACAGACACUUUCCUACGGAAAAUACAUGCACUAUGUGAAGAGCACUUCUCACCUGCCUCACUUGACCUGAAAUUUGUAACUCCCAAAGUGAUAAAACUGCUUGAGAUCCUGCGCAAAUACAAACCCUACGAGCGACAGCAGUUCGAAAGCGUCGAGUGGUACAAUAACAGGAACCAGGACAACUAUGUGUCUUGGAGCGACUCGGAGGAGGAGGAGGAAGAUGAGGAGAUCGAAGAGAAGGAGAAGCCGGAGGCGAACUUCCCGUCUCCGUUUACCAAUAUUUUGUGCGGCAUAAUUUUUGUGGAAAGAAGAUACACAGCAGUUGUCUUAAACAGAUUGAUAAAGGAAGCUGGCAAACAGGAUCCAGAGCUGGCAUACAUCAGCAGCAAUUUCAUAACUGGACACGGCAUCGGCAAGAACCAGCCCCGCACCAAACAGAUGGAGGCAGAGUUCAGAAAGCAGGAAGAGGUACUUAGGAAAUUUCGAGCACAUGAGACCAACCUGCUUAUUGCAACAAGUAUUGUGGAAGAGGGUGUUGAUAUACCAAAAUGCAACUUGGUGGUCCGCUUUGAUUUGCCCACAGAGUAUCGGUCCUAUGUUCAGUCUAAGGGAAGAGCAAGGGCACCGAUCUCCAAUUACAUAAUGUUAGCAGAUACGGACAGAAUAAGAAGCUUCGAAGAGGACCUUAAAACAUACAAAGCUAUCGAAAAGAUCUUGAGAAACAAAUGUUCCAAGUCAGUUGAUACCAGUGAGACUGAUAUCGAGCCUGUCGUGGAUGAUGAUGACGUUUUCCCACCCUACGUGUUGAGGCCCGAUGAUGGCGGCCCACGGGUCACAAUCAACACGGCCAUUGGACACAUCAAUAGAUACUGCGCUAGGUUACCAAGUGACCCGUUUACGCAUCUAGCUCCUAAAUGCAGAACCCGAGAGUUGCCUGAUGGGACAUUCUAUUCAACUCUUUAUCUGCCAAUUAACUCGCCUCUUCGAGCCUCCAUUGUCGGUCCACCAAUGAGCUGUAUACGAUUGGCUGAAAGAGUUGUAGCUCUUAUUUGCUGUGAGAGACUGCACAAAAUUGGUGAACUGGAUGACCAUUUGAUGCCAGUUGGGAAAGAAACUGUUAAAUAUGAAGAAGAGCUUGAUUUGCAUGAUGAAGAAGAGACCAGUGUCCCAGGCAGACCAGGUUCCACAAAACGGAGACAGUGCUACCCAAAAGCAAUUCCAGAAUGUCUGAGGGAUAGCUAUCCCAAACCCGAUCAGCCCUGUUACCUGUAUGUGAUAGGAAUGGUCCUGACGACACCGUUACCUGAUGAGCUCAACUUCAGGAGGCGGAAGCUCUAUCCCCCGGAGGAUACCACAAGAUGCUUUGGAAUACUGACAGCCAAACCUAUACCUCAGAUCCCGCACUUUCCUGUGUAUACUCGUUCUGGAGAGGUCACCAUAUCGAUCGAGUUGAAGAAGUCUGGUUUCACAUUGUCUCUCCAAAUGCUCGAGUUGAUUACAAGACUCCACCAGUACAUAUUCUCACAUAUUCUUCGCCUUGAAAAACCUGCACUAGAGUUUAAACCCACCGACGCUGACUCGGCCUACUGUGUUCUACCUCUGAACGUUGUUAAUGACUCCAGCACUUUGGACAUCGACUUUAAAUUCAUGGAAGAUAUUGAGAAAUCUGAAGCUCGCAUAGGCAUUCCCAGUACCAAGUAUUCGAAAGAAACACCCUUUGUUUUUAAAUUGGAAGAUUACCAGGAUGCAGUUAUCAUUCCAAGGUAUCGAAAUUUUGAUCAGCCUCAUCGGUUUUAUGUAGCUGAUGUGUACACUGACCUUACCCCACUGAGUAAAUUUCCUUCCCCCGAGUAUGAAACUUUUGCAGAAUAUUACAAAACAAAGUACAACCUUGAUCUGACCAAUCUCAACCAGCCGCUGCUGGAUGUGGACCACACAUCUUCAAGACUUAAUCUUUUGACACCUCGCCAUUUGAAUCAGAAAGGAAAAGCUCUUCCUCUAAGCAGUGCUGAAAAGAGGAAAGCCAAAUGGGAAAGUCUGCAGAAUAAACAGAUCCUGGUCCCAGAGCUGUGUGCUAUCCACCCGAUCCCGGCAUCGCUGUGGAGGAAGGCGGUGUGCCUGCCCAGCAUCCUCUACCGCCUCCACUGCCUGCUCACCGCCGAGGAGCUGCGGGCCCGCACGGCCAGUGACGCCGGCGUGGGGGUCCGGGCGCUGCCCGUGGACUUCAGAUACCCUAACUUAGACUUCGGGUGGAAAAAAUCUAUCGACAGCAAAUCUUUCAUCUCAAUUGCUAACUCCUCUUCAGCUGAAAAUGAUAAUUACUGUAAGCACAGCACAAUUGUCCCUGAAAAUGCUGCACAUCAAGGUGCUAAUAGAACCUCCUCUCUAGAAAAUCAUGACCAAAUGUCUGUGACCUGCAGAACGUUAUUCAAUGAGGCAUCCGGUAAGCUCCCAAUUGACGUUUCCACAGAUCUUACAGCAAUUAAUGGUCUUUCUUACAAUAGAAGUCUUGCCAAUGGCAGUUACGAUUUAGCUAAUAGAGACUUUUGCCAAGGAAAUCAGCUGAAUUACUACAAGCAGGAAAUACCUGUACAACCAACUACCUCAUUUCCCAUUCAGAAUUUAUACAAUUAUGAGAACCAGCCCAAGCCCAGCGAUGAAUGUACUCUACUGAGUAAUAAAUACCUUGAUGGAAAUGCUAACACAUCUACCUCAGAUGGCAGUCCCGUGGUGGCCGCGGUGCCUGGUCCCACAGAAGCUGUUCCAGCGCUCAAGGACAGGCUGGGUUCUGAGCAGAGCCCCUCUCCUGGGUACUCCUCGAGGACUCUGGGCCCAAAUCCCGGACUCAUUCUCCAGGCUUUGACCCUUUCCAAUGCCAGUGAUGGAUUUAACCUGGAGCGGCUUGAGAUGCUUGGGGACUCCUUUCUAAAGCACGCCAUCACCACAUACCUGUUUUGCACUUACCCUGAUGCUCACGAGGGCCGCCUUUCAUACAUGAGAAGCAAAAAGGUCAGCAACUGUAACCUGUAUCGGCUUGGAAAAAAGAAGGGACUGCCCAGCCGCAUGGUGGUGUCAAUAUUUGAUCCCCCUGUGAAUUGGCUUCCUCCUGGUUAUAUAGUAAAUCAAGACAAAAGUAACACAGAUAAAUGGGAAAAAGAUGAAAUGACAAAGGACUGCAUGUUGGCUAAUGGCAAACUGGAGGACGACUUGGAGGAGGAGGAGGACCUGGUGUGGGGGGCGCCCAAGGAGGAUGCCGACUACGAGGAUGACCUCCUGGAGUACGACCAGGAGCAUAUCAAGUUCAUAGACAACAUGCUAAUGGGAUCAGGAGCUUUUGUAAAGAAGAUUCCUCUCUCUCCGUUUUCGACCACUGACUCUGCGUACGAAUGGAAGAUGCCCAAAAAAGCCUCCGUAGGUAGCAUGCCAUUCUCGGCUGACUUGGAGGAUUUUGACUACAGCUCCUGGGAUGCAAUGUGCUACCUGGACCCUAGCAAAGCGGUGGAGGAAGACGACUUUGUGGUGGGCUUCUGGAACCCGUCAGAAGAAAACUGUGGUGUUGACACAGGGAAGCAGUCCAUUUCUUAUGACCUGCACACUGAGCAGUGCAUUGCUGACAAAAGCAUAGCCGACUGUGUGGAAGCCCUGCUGGGCUGCUAUUUAACCAGCUGUGGUGAGAGGGCUGCUCAGCUUUUCCUCUGCUCCUUGGGGCUGAAGGUGCUCCCGGUAAUUAAAAGGACUGAUCGGGAAAAGGCCAUGUGCCCCGCUAGGGAGAAUUUCAACAGCCAACAAAGGAACCUUUCAGGGAGCCGGGCUGCUGCCUCGGUCGCCAGCUCCCGCUCCCCCGUAUUGAAAGACUUGGAGUACGGUUGCUUGAAGAUCCCACCGCGAUGUAUGUUUGAUCAUCCAGACGCAGAUAAGACACUGAAUCACCUGAUAUCGGGUUUUGAAAAUUUUGAAGAGAAAAUCAACUACAGAUUCAAGAAUAAGGCUUACCUCCUGCAGGCUUUCACUCAUGCCUCCUACCACUACAAUACCAUUACUGAUUGUUACCAGCGCCUCGAAUUCCUUGGAGAUGCGAUUUUGGACUACCUCAUAACCAAGCACCUUUAUGAAGACCCGCGGCAGCAUUCCCCAGGGGUCCUGACCGACCUGCGUUCUGCUCUGGUCAACAACACCAUCUUCGCGUCACUGGCCGUGAAGUAUGACUACCACAAGUACUUCAAAGCCGUGUCCCCUGAGCUCUUCCAGGUCAUUGAUGUCUUCGUGCAGUUCCAGCUCGAGAAGAACGAAAUGCAGGGCAUGGAUUCCGAGCUCAGGCGGCCCGAGGAGGAUGAAGAGAAGGAGGAGGACAUCGAGGUUCCCAAGGCCAUGGGGGACAUCUUUGAGUCGCUGGCUGGUGCCAUUUACAUGGACAGCGGGAUGUCACUGGAGAUGGUCUGGCAGGUGUACUAUCCUAUGAUGCGGCCCCUAAUAGAAAAAUUUUCUGCAAAUGUGCCCCGUUCCCCUGUGCGAGAAUUGCUUGAAAUGGAACCAGAAACCGCCAAAUUUAGCCCGGCUGAGAGAACUUACGAUGGCAAGGUCAGAGUCACCGUGGAAGUAGUAGGAAAGGGAAAAUUUAAAGGUGUUGGCCGCAGUUACAGGAUUGCCAAAUCUGCAGCAGCAAGAAGAGCCCUCCGAAGCCUCAAAGCUAACCAACCUCAGGUUCCCAACAGCUGAAACCCCUUUUAAAAUUAAAUUUUUUAAAAAGCAGAAUGAAGGUGGAAAAUAUUUAAAUUGAAAAGGGUGAUUUAAGUUGAUACUGAGUGGAAUGAAUUGAAGGCAGAAUUUCAAGUUUGGUAACAAGGUAGAUUGCAGAAUAAAACAUUUAACAUAUGUAUAAAAAUCUUGGAACUAAUUGUAGUUUUAGUUUUUGCGCAGACACAAUCUUGUCUCUUUGCUCACUUCUGCUUUGUUUGAAUCACAAGAGUGCUUUAAUGACGUUUAGCAAGUGUUCAGAAUAAUUACUGAUAGUUUGUAUGUUGGUUUUGUUUUUAGUUUAAUUUCUGUCACCUUUGCUUAGUGUUAGGAGGCCACGGAGCUGAAACCUCAUACAAUCCCUAGAGUGAUAUUAGAGUCCUCGUACCAGCCUCAGUCUGUGCGGUGUUGCCAGUCCCACAUCGCUGGGGAGCCCGAUAGGAUGCUGCAGUUUGCGAGAGGGAGGGAAGUGUGCCGGUGUCGUCUUUGUUUCCACGUUCUGUUGGGUAAGAUGGUGUUUCCCGGGCGCUAUUGCACUUAACAGUAAGGGACAGAUUUUAAUGGUCAUCGGCUGGCAUGCUGGUGAAUCCAGUUUUAGUUUUCUCAUGCCACGUAGUCUCGCAUAACAAAGGUUCUUGCCUUAAAAGUAACGUCCUCUUGGAUAUUCUUUCAUUUCUAAUCUCUUUUGGAACAAACUGAUUUUACAUUCCCUUUAUUUUAUUGUGCAUUAGUUGUUGAGACAGUGUGAUAUUCACAACUCACUAGUGUAAUUGUAACUGAACUUAAAACAGGAUAUUAGGAUUUCUGUCACGUACUGAAGACAUUUUAAAAACCAGAAUCUGUAGCCAAUGGAUUUUUUUAAAACACCGUCAUAGAAAUGAUCUUUGGCUAAAUAUCCAGUUUUACUAAAAAAACUCCUGCUAGGUAGUUCCACUGAUAGAAAUUGUGGCAAAUAAUUUUGCCCUGUAGGCUGUUUCUCUAACAAAAUAAAUGUUAGACAUAUCACUCCUAAAAUAUGCUGCAGAUUUUCUAAUUCAUCAGUUACCUGUUGAAAGAAGCAAACCCAGCACCUUGACCGUUACUCUCCUCACGUAAAUUCUCACUGUAUUUCACGGCGUCGCGUGUCCGCCACCUACCAAAGCUGUGCUGCUCGUGCCGUGGAAGUGUAAUGUUUGCGACAAGCUGCCGUGAUUGUGACACAUCUGUGAGUUAGCUCGUUAAUUUAGAUCAACUAGCUCCUUAUUUCCAUCCACGGAAAAGAAAGAAAACAUGAUUUUAGGCAUUUGCCUGAGUCUCUAAUUAGGCCCGUAGGCACUUUUCACCUAAAUACCUCAGUUCUUCUUUUCUUUUGCAUGCGUUUCCCCCUGUUUGGUGCUAUGUUUAUGUAUUAUGCUUGAAAUUGUAAUUUUUUUUGCACUGUACCUAUAAUACCUCUUAAUUUACCUUUAUAAAAGCUGUGGGUCAGUCUUGCACUCCCACCAACAUACCAGUAGAGGUUUGCUGCAAUUUGCCCCAUUAAUUAUGCUUGAAGGUUAAGAGAGCUGAGCAGAGGUGUCUAAUAUUUCCCAGCACAUUGUUCUGAGCUUGAUUUCAUGCAGCGCUGCGUUUGCGUUUGAAUUGCAGCUGAAUACUGUACCUCCCGCUCUGUCUGCACCACCGCUCCCAGGGAUACGCCUCUGCAUGUGUCGCCCAGGAAACUCAGCUCCACUUGCCAGGAGACCUGAGGGGGAUGCUGAGCUUCUCCAGCGUCACUCGUCGUCUCCAACCUUAAAUUGGGGUGGAUCUAUUAUUAAAAGAGUUUUUGAGCAAAUUAAUUUGGGUGGGCUCAUUUUUAAAAUAUUGAAUUCUGAUUUGGAACCUUAGAUUUCUAUUUGUUUUUAAAAAAAAUCCCAACAUAGGAUCUCCUGGCAAGUUAAAACCAAGAACCUGAAUCCUAAAACUGUAAACAUGUACAAUGAACAAGUAAGCUGGAUGUGAAUUUUACUUGUGAGGGUGAUUUGUGAUGAAGUCAUAUCACAGAUCUCCGAAUAAUUUAUAAACUACCUGCUGCCAGGAGCUUAGGGCUUUGCAUUGUCUAGUGCACUCAUCCCAGUGUUACGGGAUUCUCUCACCUCCUGGCACCAACAUUGGGUUGUUUCACAGUUACAAUUCCCAUUGGGAGAAAAAUGCCUCAAUAUAUUUUGUAACCUUAAGAAGAGUAUUUUUUGUUAAUACAAAAAAAGUCCAGACUUGGAUAUGAUUAGGUCAUGCAUUCUCAGGGGUUCAAAUUUCCCGCUACCAUUCAAAAUGUUUUACCAACAGCAAACUUUAGCUAUUUCUUUCUCUUUUUUUUUUUUGCUGUUGAAAAUUAACUGAUUUUAAUUUGUGACUCACACUUUGAAGCGUUCUAUGAUCCCCUGGUUACCACAUCAAAAAAUAAAAGCUAUGAGUUAGACUAUGAAAUGGUUAUGAAUGCUUUGUGCUGCUGAUUUUAAUGCUGUAAAGUUUCUCCCGUUUAGCUUGUUGAAAUGCUUCGAGUCCAUUAAUUAAGGAAAAAGAAUCAGUCUGUGUUGCCCCACUUCCCCGCCAUGUGUGUCAUCUUUUUGUUCCCAUGAUUGCGAUGUGAGACGAAUGUAACAGGGGAAACCUGCUUGUGGGGGUGUCGUGCCAGCACUCCUGGGGACGACUGAGGAGCCUGUCUUGAGACGCAACUGCAGAAACUCCUUGUGAUGAUUAUGUGGAGGUCAGUUGGCUUGAACCUUCGUUGUAAAUGUUUUUCAUCUCUUUUAUGAUGUACCUUCAGCAGUCCUAACUAUGCUGCGUUUGUAAUAGCCCCCCCUUCUGUUCAUGUAGCACAGAGAAGCAUUGCACUUGGUACCAUGCUUUACCUCAUUUCAAGGAAAAGAUGCUUAACCGAGAGGAAAAAUGUGGUUUGGCUGCGCUGCUGUUUUGAUUUACCGAAUUUGAAAAAGUUAAUUCUGAUGCCUGCAACAUGUCAUAUAUACUUGCACAAUUAAAUAGAUCCUUCUCGUCUGUGGCAUUUUUACUGUUUGUGAAAGUAUGACAGAGAUUUGUUAACCAAACUCUUAAUUAUGUUUUAAAAUGUUUGUUACUUUUUUCUUUUUUUCUUUUACAUUAUGUGAUAUGAUUAAAUGUAGAAUGACCUCUAACACUCCUGUAAUUAUCUUUUAAAAUACUAAUAUUUUUAUUUUCUUAAUAGUAGCUUUCCCUCAGAGAGAUUCAAAUGACCUGCCUAAGUCGCAGGAGACUUGAGGCGCUUCGGUUCUGUUGGUUCAGUUCCCAAACGCAGCUGCCGCCCGCAGGGAGCUUCUCGGGCCAUUGCCGGGAGCGGACGGCGACUGCGGUCGGAGAGCACAAUCCGACUCCAGACCCGCCACAUGCGGUCCCGAGGCCCAGGGCCUUAGAACUUUAUAUCUGCUUCUGUUAGGGUAUCUAAUUCUUUACACAACAUGUAACCCACCAGACUGAGACCUUGAUAUUUUUAUUUAAACUGCGUCUGGAAUUACGUUGAGUCCUUCGCCAGUUUGUGUUAUCUGCAGACGAGAAACUCAUGCCGUGUUUAUCACCUAUAUGGUUAUUUCAGUUACAUUUAAAUAGGUGUAUUUUUUCAACCACUGAUUACUUUUCAGGAAUUUAAUUAUUUCCAAAUAAAUUCCUUUAUUUUAUAUUGUACAUGAAAAGUUUUUAAGGUAUGUUGAAGACCAAGAAUAUUAAAAUGAUCUUAAAAGUGGUUGGAGACGCCAGCAGCGAUGUCUAGGGGAUCUGCAUUGAGACUCAGUGUUUUCCACCAGCAGUGAAAAUGGUCUUGCGAAACUGACUUGUAAAUAUAUUUUCGUCACUAACUGCUUUUUUUCCUAGUCCGUUUUUAUUUGGACAUCAACCACAGACAGUUUAAAUUUUGUAGCUGCCUUCAGAAUUCACUGCGGCAGCAGGUUCCACAGCAAAACUGCGAAAGUGAACAAAAGUAACAUUUCUGCUGUAAAUAGAAUGAAGGAAAAUGACUAAAAUCAAGUAAAACUAACAUGUAAUUGAUUGACAAUAAAGUAUUUACCAUCACGUGCUGCAGCUGUUUUUAAAGGACAUGAUGUAACUUGUUCACAUGUAUCAUCUGCAGGUUUGCAGUCUGCACCUUAUGGGCCACAAUUACCUUUCGUCAUUUUUUUGUAAUAAUUGUAGCUGAGUGAAUCUCUAAUAAAGUUAUGGUCUGUUCACUGUG